AGCCGCUAUUGCCACCGCUGCUGCUGCACCCGCGGGCCGGUCUCUCGCUCGCUCCCUUGUGCCUCCCGCCAGCUCCGCUUUGCGGGGGGAGGGGGGGAGGGCUCGGGCAGGGGCUGCUUGCCCUUCGCCGGCUCCGGCUGCCGCCUUCUGCGCCGGGGAAGCGAAAGUGGAGCCUGCUUAGUUCCCGGAAACUCAACCGCGACUCUUCAGCCAGGCGUCGGCCGUUGGGUCUUGCCCAACCGGGUUUGCUGGAGCCUGCCUGGGCCGGGGCGGGAGGCACUUGGGGCCGGGUGGGGGGAGACCCGGGAGGAAGUGGGUAGGUCCCACUGUCCCGGCCCCGCUUGCUGCCAGCGGGCCCGGGAGGGAGUCUUCGCCUGAGCAGCCGAGCUGCGGCCAGGCGGCGGGUCCGGGACUCCUCGCCAGCGUGCCCAGAAGUUUAGUUGGAGCCGGAGCGGCGGCCGGGAGCGGUGCGGGGCGCUUCUUCUGCAACCUCCUCUUCCUCCUCGUGGACGGGCGGGGAGAUGAAGCUGAGCCGGCAGUUCACCGUCUUUGGCAGCGCGAUCUUCUGCGUGGUGAUCUUCUCGCUCUACUUGAUGCUGGAUCGGGGCCACUUCGACCACCCCAAGAACCCCCACCGCGAGAGCUCCUUCCCCCAGGGUCAGCUUUCAAUACUGCAAGAGAAAAUAGACCACUUGGAGCGCCUGUUAGCAGAAAAUAAUGAAAUUAUUUCAAAUAUAAGAGAUUCUGUGAUCAAUCUCAGUGAAUCUGUUAAGGAUGGACAACGUACCCCAGGAGUUAUAAACUUCAGUCAAGGGAAUUUCUCAGAACUGUCACCUUUAGCUCCCAUGCACCUCUCAGUAGAUCCUGAAGAUUGUCAAUUUGCUUUACUAAGUGGAAGCCACACUUCAGAUGUACAGAUGGCAGAAGUCUAUGAUAUUCUUCCUUUCGAUAAUCCAGAUGGUGGAGUUUGGAAACAAGGAUUUGACAUUACAUAUGAUGAACAUGAAUGGGAUAAUGAACCUCUUCAAGUUUUUGUUUUGCCCCACUCACAUAAUGAUCCAGGUUGGCUGAAGACAUUUGAUGACUAUUUCAGAGAUCAGACACAGCAUAUUCUCAAUAACAUGGUUAUAAAGCUGCAGGAGGACAAAGGGAGGAAAUUUAUGUGGUCUGAAAUUUCGUAUUUUUCAAAGUGGUGGGAUGGAAUAGAUAGCCAAAAGAAAGAUGCUGUGAAAAGGUUAAUAAAAGAUGGGCAGUUCGAAAUAGUAACAGGAGGCUGGGUCAUGCCUGAUGAAGCUUCUCCCCAUUAUUUUGCUAUAAUUGAUCAGAUGAUAGAAGGACAUCAGUGGCUAGAGAAGGCACUAGGAGUAAAACCAAAAUCUGGCUGGGCAAUUGAUCCAUUUGGGCAUUCACCAACUAUGGCUUAUCUUCUGAAACGUGCUGGAUUUUCCAAUAUGCUUAUACAGAGGGUCCAUUAUUCAAUUAAAAAGUAUUUUUCAGCCCACAAGACACUAGAGUUUUUUUGGAGACAAAACUGGGAUUCAGGCUCCAGUACAGAUAUACUGUGCCACAUGAUGCCUUUUUAUAGCUACGAUGUUCCUCAUACUUGUGGACCAGAUCCUAAAAUCUGCUGCCAGUUUGAUUUUAAGCGUUUACCUGGUGGCAGAGUCAAUUGUCCCUGGAGAGUUCCUCCUGAAGCCAUUCAUUCUGGAAACAUUCAGCACAGGGCAUGGAUGAUAUUAGAUCAAUACAGGAAGAAGUCAAAGCUCUUUCGUACCAAAGUUUUGUUGAUUCCAUUAGGAGAUGAUUUCCGCUACACUGAAAGUACUGAAUGGGAUCAACAGUACCAAAAUUAUCAGAAGCUUUUUGACUAUAUGAAUUCACACCCUGAGCUGCACGUUAAGGCUCAAUUUGGGACUCUGUCAGAUUACUUUGAGGCACUACACAAAGCUGGUGGUUUGAAUGAAAAGAAAGGUAAUUUAGUGUUUCCUGUUCUGAGUGGUGAUUUCUUCACAUAUGCAGACAGAGACCACCACUACUGGAGUGGAUAUUUCACAUCACGACCCUUCUACAAACGAUUAGAUAGGAUUUUAGAGUCAUAUUUAAGAGCUGCUGAAAUUCUUUACUCUUUUGCCUUGACUCAGUCCCAAAAAAAUGAGAAAAUGAAAGCAUUUCCUUCAGUGGAGCACUACAAAUUACUGACAGAAGCUAGGAGAAACCUUGGUCUUUUUCAACAUCAUGAUGCUAUUACAGGAACUUCUAAAGACUGGGUUGUAGUGGAUUAUGGAACUAGGCUUUUUCAUUCAUUAAUGAACUUGAAAAAAAUCAUCAUUGAUUCUGCUCACAUUCUUAUUCUAAAGGACCAAGAUAUGUAUAGUUACAACCCCUCAACUCCAUUCUUUACAAUGGAUGAUGUUCAGUCUUCACAAGACUCCUUACCACACAAGACUGUCAUAGAACUGAAUAUGCAGCCCAGGUACCUUGUGAUCUAUAACCCUAUGGCACAAGAGCGUUUCUCAGUGGUUUCAGUCUAUGUGAAUACACCUAAAGUUAAAGUUCUGUGUCCUUCUGGAAAACCAGUAGUAAUCCAACUCAGUGCAGUGUGGGAUGGAUCUGCUAGUAUAUCGCAUACAGCAUACCAGAUCUCUUUUAUGGCUCAUGUACCACCUCUGGGGUUUGGAACUUACCAGCUUCUAGAGGGACUAAAUACCGAAACCAUAUUGGUGGAUUAUAACCUCUAUCAUACUGAUAAAUCUAAACUAGUCAAGCCCCAUGACAUUUUCAACAUUAAAGAGAUACCGAAUGCUUUGGAUGAAAUUAUGCUAGAGAACUCUUAUAUGAAAGUCUGGUUCUCUGGUACUUCUGGGCUUCUGGAGAAAAUAAAUACAAAAGAAGAUAAUAAAAAUCAUCAUAUAAAAAUUGAAUUUGUUUGGUAUGGAACAACAAGCAACAGAGAUAAGAGUGGAGCUUAUCUCUUUUUGCCAGAUGGAGAGGCCAAGCCAUAUGUCUUUUCUGAUCCACCUGCCAUACGAGUUACACAUGGAAAGAUUUUUUCUGAAGUUACCACUUUUUUCCAUCAUUUUACUCACACAGUACGACUCUAUAAAGUUCAGGGGCUAGAAAGCCAGUCUCUUGAAAUAUUCAAUAUUGUGGAUAUAAGAGGAGAACACAAUCGUGAGAUUGCAAUGAGAAUUUCAUCUGACAUAGAAACCUACAACAGAUUUUACUCAGAUCUCAAUGGAUAUCAGAUUCAGCCUAGGCAGACAAUGAACAUAUUGCCUCUUCAAGCUAAUAUUUAUCCUAUGACCACAAUGGCUUACAUCCAGGAUGACAGGGUUCGUUUGACUCUUCAUUCUGCUCAGUCUCUUGGAGUUGGAAGUUUGAAAAGUGGUCAAUUAGAAGUCAUCAUGGAUCGUCGACUUAUGCAAGAUGACAACAGAGGCUUAGGACAAGGUGUACAAGACAACAAAAUCACGGCUAAUCUGUUUCGACUUCUGUUGGAAAAAAGGAGUCAAGUAGACUCGAAAGAAGAAACGUCACCAGUCAGCUAUCCUUCCCUUCUUAGUCACAUAACUUCAUCUUUCAUGAAUCAUCCUGUGAUUCCAAUGAUUACCUACACAGGUGCAGGUAUUCCACCAAUUUUGAAUACCUAUUCUCCAUUAACUUCAUCCAUGCCCUGUGAUAUACAUAUAGUUAACCUGAGGACCAUACAAUCAAAGGCUGGUCCAGGACCAUCUGAUGAAGCAGCCCUGAUCCUUCACAGGAAAGGAUUUGAUUGUAGAUUUGCAAACACAGGCCUGGGGCUUGUCUGCUCUACAACUCAGGGAAAGCUGAAAGUGCACAAACUCUUCAAGUUCCAUGUGGAAAGUCUUACACCUACAUCUUUAUCUUUGAUGCAUUCACCUCCAGAUGCCAGAAACAUGAGUGAAAUCAGUAUGAGUUCUAUGGAGAUAAACACAUACAGAAUUCAGCUGAGAUGAAACCUGACUUUGGAACACAGAAAGUAAAAAACUAAUCUGCCGCUUUUGUCUUCUCAAGAUCAGUGUGCAAUAAAAAGCACAUUUUUCCAGCUUCUGAAUACUGUGACAGAACAUGCAUUCUAGAACUUAUUUGAUUCAACACAGUAAAAAGCCAUGAUGCAAGAAACUCUUUUCUCUCAAAUAAAACCAUCAACAUCAGUAUAAAAAUACGAGAGGGGAAAAAACAACGGAUGCUAUGUCUCAUCAACAAAGUGAAUCUCAGGUUAAACAUUAGUUUUUGGUUUCUGAAUUUAUGAUACCUUAUUUGAAAGAGUGGAAAAAUCUGUUUUUUAAUUGUUUUGUUUUUCAUAGAUGGGUCUAAAUAUGUAGUGUUUAAAUCCCAGACACAUGUUGGAAUUAAACCUGAAAAUGCUCUAGCAAAGCUAUUGUCCAAAUAUUUUUAAAGACUUCUAUAAAUGAAGAAAUUUCAAUUUGUUCCAAAUGGAGUCUGAAUUUAUCCUACUCCAGACGUAGAGUGAAGUUCAAGAGCCUUUGAGGCACAUGUAAUCAUAUUUAAUCCAGUUGUCCUAGCAUCUUGAAGUGCAGAACUUAAUUUCUGGAAUUUUAGAUUAGUCUUUCCUUGGAAAAUAUUGACUUUUUUGUUACUUGACACAUUGGGAUAUGUGCAAUUACUCCAUUAUAUAGAGUAAGGAAAGUCAAGUCUAUAAUUUCAUGAAUACAAUUUUUAUAGAACAUUUGGAUACUAAUGCUCUCUGAAAUGUGCUUUGUACUUCAGAAUUACCAUAUCAAAAUAAAUGUGCCUUAUUUUUUAUAUGUCUUGUUAUUCCUUUGUUGUCCAUGCAGUAUGUUGUUUUGGAGGAAGCUGUAAUGCUAUUAAACCAUGUAUUUUUUUAUUUGACUAUGAUGACCACAUUAUUCUUUCCAGCACCAAAUUUGUCUUGAUGGUUUCUGAAUGCUCUGACUAUUUGAAUGUAGAAAACUGAUGUCAUAAAGUAAAACAAUGGAGGAAUAAAUAAUAUGAAAAUCAGCUGCUAUCAACUGCAACAGACACAGAUUUGAUGGCAUGCAGGGCACACUGUUUGUUAAAAGGUAUCAUACAAUGUGUAUUGUAGCAAACAGUACAUUGAGAAUCACGUGCCUAUAUUUUUAAAAUAUCCGUAUUGUGACCUCACCACAUGUUUAUGUUGCCAAUAUUUGCUGUUGACGUAAUAACUUCAACAAUGUUUAUUUUCACAUCAAAUAUUUUCUAUUGAGUUCUCGAAGCCAUGUGGGUUUGCAGAUUCUACAUCCCUGAAUAAAACCAUUGUUUACAAUUAAAGUCAACUCGACUGCAUUUCAGUAUGAUUCUUGUUCUUACCCUGACCUUGAUUUUGCUUCAGCUUAUACAAACAUAAGUAAUUUCCUUUGAGACUAAUAAAUAUUUAAUAAGUGGGAAAGUGAUUUUGACAUUUUUAUACUGGUAGAUCUUUUAGUUAUGCUUCCAGUCUUGAAGAUGGCAUUAACAUGCCAAUUUUCUUUAUAACUUUCAAAUGGGGGAGGGUGUUCUCAUUGUAUGGUUACCCUAUUUCAGUUUUAGCAGUGGCACAAUUUCAUGUGAAUUUUUGAAGAAUGAUUGUAAAUGAAUGGUUUUAUGCAAUAAAUGUACAGUUUUGUAUAUUUUCCUUUAGGUAAAAUCUUGAGCUUUCAGAAGAAAGUUUCUAUAACUACUUUUAAUUUAAUAGACUCUGAUAAAGACACAUCAAAGUUCUCAUAUCUCAAAAAAAAGUACUUAAAAUCUGAGGAAAAAAUGAUGCAAUAACUUGUUACGUUGGCUUGCAGAACAUGCUUCCAAAGGGUCAGUGUCAUAUGGCUGGAUUGUAGAUGGUUAAACAUGGUUACUCAUGAAUUUAAUGGAACUUUACUUACUAACAAGCAAGUUUUGGACUAGAGUAUAUCUUUUCUGUACAAUCAAUCCUGAGCAAUCUUCAACCAGCAGAUUUUUGCUUUAUUUCAAAGUAGUUUGAACUUAUUUUAUGUAAGUUCCUUUUGAGGUAAUGAUGAUUGGUGCAAACUUGAGCCAAACUUUUGCAGAAAAAAAUUACUAUCAGACACCCAUCUCCUCCAGUAAUAAAUUGAAAAUUUUCUUGUUUUAUUUCUUGUAUUCCUUGUGAAUGCUUUUCCAGUAUUUGUAUUUUUAAAAAUAUUUUGGUGGUGCCUUUUUAUGCCUAUACAUGUUUUCUGACCAAUUUGUCACACGUUAAUUUUUAAAGUAAUUGUUUAAAACAGUUUUCUACAAUAAAUUGUUUAAAGCAUUCUGUCUUACUCUUCCUCUCAGAAUUAUCCUAUGAAGGAAUUCUACUAUGCUAAAGAUUUACAUUGUAUUUCAUUUUCCUCAUACUGUCUCUUAAUAACAGCUGAUUUGAUUGGAAGGGUUUCAUAUUUUCUUCGGGGAACAUUUUAUAUCUUUUGGGGAGAAAUGUAAUAUAAGUUUGCUAAUAAAAAUGCUGUGAUGGUA